GAACAAUUGGUUGUUUUUUAUGGAUCUUGAUGGGGGAUCAUCUAACAUGCUUCCAAUGGAUCCACUUGUGCCGCAUACUCUAGGGGCACAUUUGUUGUCCCACAUUAGUUCAUUUGUUGACAGUUCUCUUUACCACGCUAGAUUCUUGUAUGCCCCUGGAAGUUUGGCACUUCGGGAAGCUUUCAACUCUGUUUCAAAAUUUGCUGGUGCUCUACUAUUUUGGUUUGCUAGUGGGUCGAAUUCCAAUAUUAAUCGCCCAUUAUCCGGAAACUCCGCUUCAGAUAAUAAAAGCUAUAAUUCUUUAAGACAAGUCAAGCAAAUUAGUUCCACAAGACAUAACCUUAAAGGAUUUCACUAUAAUUCAAGAUUGAAAGGUGUUGUCCCUAUGAUUUUUGGUAAGGUUUCUAGUUUCACUGUGGGAAAACUGUGCAAACAAGCUGAACAACUACAAUAUUUGCCAUUGCUCUCACUAGCUGCAGCUCUGGUACCACCAUUGGACAAUGUAUGUCCGAGUGUACUAGCUAUUCCACUAGAGAAUUGUGAUAUUGAAACAAAGAAAUGCAUGAAUCAAAGGCUCUGUGAUGUUGAGCACGGGGAAUGCAGUGAUCUUUCCUUCCGCAAUUUAAAUUGGACACAUGCAGUUGAGCCUAGAACCGGCAUUGAGUUCCCUACUAUCUUGGAGAACAUAUUAUCUGCAGAGAAUCAUUCCAAGUUUUCAUCAGAGGUUGGCAUGUGAUUUUUAUAACUUUUGUUGGUGUUCUCUUGAACAUGAUAUCCUCAAAAACUGUAGUCAUGCAUUUAUUUGCAUUUUCUUGCAGUGUAGCAGCUUCCUAGAUUUGUAUGCUUAUUAAAUUAUAAGAUUGGAUCUCCAGUUAUUGACAAUAUCUCUGCAGAUUUUGUUGUCUUUGCAUUUUUUUUCUUUGUAGCAAACACUGAUUGUG